GGCUUUUCGCUGUCACCGCCUCCCCCACCCCCCCGGCCCCUCAGAAUCAUGGUAGACAAAACGAGUUUUAUCGUGGCGACCUGACACCGAAGCGACUGCUCGCGCGGCACUCCGAAUUCAAUGUGCCGUCACAUUUCGGCACAAGAGAGUCGACGACAUGGCAGGGGACCAGCCGCAAGAAGUCGAGCGCCCGGACUAUGAACAGAUCAAGUCGUGGAGGUCCAUUGUCACACUCGUCGUCUUCAUUCUCGCAAAUGUCGUCGUUCUCUUUCCCUUCCACAUACCACUCUACAUCCCUCGCAGGGUUUUCAACAUCAUCUGCGACGGCCUGAGUGCUUUGCGCAUCAUUUCGCCCCGAGAGGCAGAUGAUGAAAAGACCGAAUCGCGACAUGGCGCCGGCAAGGUCACCUCGUCCUUUGUGCGCUUCAACUUCCCCAUGAACAUGGUCACGGCACCCCUCAUUGCCGACCUCUUCCUGCUGGCAAUUUUGGCCAUCGGCCGCAAAGAGGUAAAGGAAGGAACAUAUGGCGCCGACAACAUCUUCCCGCUCGACAUCAUGCUCUUCUUCCUCUCGCUAGCGUAUAUCGCUAUCUCCAUCGACGCUUCCGGCAUCAUCCGCUACCUGGCGUUCAAGGUGUUACAAUGGGGCGGCGACGCCGGCCAUCGUCUCUUCUUUUACCUCUACGCCUUUUGGUUCGCCCUUACCAGCUUCGUAGGGAACGACCCGGUAAUUCUGUCGGGCACCGCAUUCCUGGCUUACAUGACGCGCGUCUCGAGCAACAUAGUCCAUCCGCGGGCCUGGAUCUACAGCCAAUUCGCCGUGGCCAACACCGCUUCUGCCAUCUUGGUCUCGUCCAACCCGACCAAUCUCGUGCUGGCGGGUGCCUUCAAUAUAAAGUUCAUCGUCUACACGGCACAUAUGAUCGUUCCCGUUCUCGCCACCGGUGUUAUCCUGUUCCCUUUUUUGCUCUACAUUGUUUUCAACAACGAGGCACUCAUCCCGCGUGUGAUCAAGAUGCACGAGCUCCCCGCGGAAGCGAGGACCCGCAAGCCCGUCAACCCAAACAUCCCACACGCCAGAGGAACCGCGGAGCAGCAGGAGGACGCAGCCGGCGAGCAAGGAAAGUUGUUGUCCCUCGAAGAGAUUAUCAAUCCGUUCUUGGAUCGCAAGGGCGCCGUCUUUGGCGCUCUCGUCAUGGCAGUAACCCUGAUUUCUGUUCUGGCGCUCAAUGCCUCUGCCCAGAUCACGGAAGAGAACCCUGUCUACUGGGUCACUCUGCCGGCCGCAUUCGUCCUGUUCAUCUGGGAUCUGUCGUUCGGCUGGAUACAUCGACACGAAACUCGCGAAAUCGCCCGCAAGGGACGCGAGGAGCUACAGCGCCUUCAACUGGAACAGGCUUUGCGGAGGGAACGGGAGAGGAUGGCUCACGCGGCCCCCGGAGAGCGGUUCGCGUCGUCUGACGAAUCGGUCUCCGCGCAGGUGGGUGCGCCGAGCGGCGGGUUGGAGCCUGGUGGGAAUGUGCUUGGAAAGGAUAGCAUGGACGGCAACGUGACUACGACCGGCACGACGCCCAGCAAGUCACCAACGCAAGAGUUUCGCGGGGCGGGGAACGAGAAGAGCGCCGCACACGGGUCUCUUGGGGAAUCGCAGCUCCAGAAACCGCCUCGGCGAGCCACGCUGGUAUCGCUUGCGAAGGAUGCGUUCACGUGGUCACAGGAGACGUUUCCAACCGCGACGGCGGUGAUAGCUCAUCUGCCGUUCGCGCUGGUGCCCUUCGCCUUCUCCAUGUUCGUUCUCGUUCAGGCGCUGGUGACCAAGGGCUGGGUGCCGAUCUUUGCUAAAGGGUGGGACGCUUGGGUGAACAAAACGGGCACGAUAGGAGCCAUUGGCGGCAUGGCGUUUCUCUCCGUCAUCUUAUGCAAUUUCUCCGGCACCAAUAUCGGCACUACCAUCCUGUUGUCUCGCGUGAUCCAGGCCUGGCAAGUUCUCUACCACUUCAAAGAGACCGAGAUCUCGGACCGGACCUUGUCGGCAACCAUCUACACCAUGGCCCUGGGUGUCAACUACGGCGCCUUCAGCACCGCCUUCAGCGCGUCACUGGCCGGCCUUCUCUGGCGCGACAUCCUUGCCAAGAAGCACAUCCACGUCAAGCGGCUCGAUUUUGCCACGAUCAACCUGCCCAUCAUCGCUAUCGCCAUGACGGUUGGUUGCGUGGUGCUCAUCGGCGAAGUGUGGAUCAUGAAAGACGACACACCAGCAUCGGAUCGAUAUGCUUAAACUGCUGAAUACGCCGGAUCGUUGAUUUCACUAUUUAGAUUUAGAUUUGCCUUUGGUUCUACCCCACGUCACGAAGUUAUGAUGAGUACAUUGUUGUGGUUGAGCAGAAAAUAAGGGCGAGCAUUAUGAAUCUUACGUUAUGGUAGAC